ACAUUAGCUUGGUUGAAUCUCAGAGGUAUUAUAGUACGCAAUUUAUAUGUAUAGUCCUAAAUUAUUCAUUAAAAUGGACAGAAGCUCCAGGCAUGUAUAUUCCACCAACAAACACAGGAUUGAAGUUACCGAAAAGCAAAAACCGGUUGAACGAUAUGAAUCCAUAUGCGUCCCACUACCCCUAUUUACAAAUAAUACUCGAUAUCGCGUUCAAAGUAUGAAGGAUAAUAAUCCAGCAACAACGCCAAGCAUAAAAUCACCUAUACGAAUUACUACUUAUGGAGCAAUGAUAUCACAAUACAUGAACAGAAGUUCAAACGCGUAUGAAUUUACAAAUAAUCAUAACGCAAAUAACCAACAUAUGUCAGCAACAAUAGGUGAGACACAAAGUAUGAAUACAACAGAAAUGUCAUAUACUAGUCCCAAUAUCAAUGGGCAGCUGUGGGAACAGACAAUAAAUCCUGUUGAUCGCUGCGUAUACCCUGGAUAUAGUUACCCAAGGCAACAUACAAAUACUACGGAGCGGACAGUAUCACUCUAUGGCUCAGGACAACAAUAUCCAACGACGAUGCUACGACCGAUAAUGCCAGCAAAUCCAAUACAAAAUCUUAAUUCGGACGAUUAUGGAAAGCCAGAAUACAACCCGUCAAGAACACAAUACGAGAGUCAUUGUUACAGUAAUGCUAUACCCACUAUUAACCAUAUUAUUCCAUACACAGCAGAUGCGGAACAAGAACGUUUAAAUGCAAUAUCGGAACAAUUGCGCAGGGAAGAAAAUAACAGGAAAAUAACACAAGAAGAAACGGAAUACCCUCAUCUUGCACUGGAUCUAAGCAAGAUUAAAAAUAACUACGACGAACAACCAGAAAAAUCUAAACAACCAAAGCAAGAACGACGAUAUAAAAAUACCCAAAAGGAUGUCAUACCUGAGACAAAAAUAUUAAUGGGUAAACCGCGAUAUCCAUAUACAGCACAGUUCAACGAUCCUGUGGAAAAAGAAUUAGAAAGGUGGCAUAAUAAGCACAGUACAUCAAUCAAAUGGGAGAGAAUGAAACGUGGCGUAUACAGUGCAAAUAAUCAGGAAGUAAAAUUAGUCAAGCUUAAUGGAGGUUUAUACGUAAAGGGUGCAACCAAUAACAAUAAACUAGAUCAUAUACCAAUCGAUAAGUUUGUACAAAAAAUACAACACAUGAACAAUAACACUUGAAUCCUAAUG